CCAAAAUUUUGAUAUCAGAUAUCAGAUACGCCUAGCUUCCCGUCGAUCGCCCUUCGUUUCAGCAGAUUUCCUCUCGGACUUGGACAUAAUGGCACUGCGGUCAAUCUCGCCUACCAUGCCCUCGCAGAUGCUGUCGCGUAUCUUUAUAUCCUCCGAAACUCUAGGACGGGCUUCUCGGAUUCUGUGGUCCUCCCCUAGCGUCUUUAACACCCUCUCGAAGCCCGCCGCAUUAUCGCUGAAUAUACCAGGUCUUCUGUCCGAUGUUUGGGACUCUGUUCUCCAAGCUGUGCCGAAGAAGAAAACCUCCCAUAUGAAGAAGCGUCACAGGCAGAUGGCUGGUAAAGCCUUGAAGGAUGUCAAGAACCUCAACACCUGCUCUGGCUGCGGCCAAAUAAAGCGUGCGCAUGUUUUAUGUCCACACUGUGUUGAGAGUAUAUAUAAAAAAACAAUGGAAGCAAACCCACACAGCGUGAGAAAGAAACGAAUAAUAAACAAGGCCAGGGAAAGCGAGGGAGGCGGCGAAUUCCAUAUGCCCUUGAGAAUUGUACUUUUACUAUAUACAUGAAGUGUCGAUAGAUAUAUGCUGCAUGGCACUUGGCGUCUGGUUCUGACGUGGGAAUUCGCGUGUUUGGGUUCUGUAUAUUUGCUAUAAAAAACCUUCAAUUAGAUGUUGUUAUAUUUCGAUUUUUUUAAUAUUUUUAUUUAUAUAUUUCCUUGCGAAGGCAAUUCUAGAGUUUUUCAAACCGUAAGCUCUUUUCUUCAGUGAGUGAGUGUUGUUAUGUCAUUUUUGUUUUUAAGGCGGCCGCUGAUGAUCUCACCCGACAAGUGUGUC